AUGAUGGCGGUGCGUGAACGCGCAGUAAAAGUAAUGGCUGCUCUGGAACGGCGGGUGCCUAGUCUCGAUGAUUUCGUGGGCGAAAGCUGGAGCGCCUGGGCCGAGAGAGCCAGUGUGACUGCGUCGGAAGGCUCCGAUGGAGAUGACUGCAGCAAGAAUGGGAAGAAAGCAGCCGAGGCAAUGUCUCUUAGGAAGGAAGACAUGUCCAUCUUCGGCCACUACCCGGGCCAAGAUGACUUCUACUUGGUGGUGUGUAGCCACUGUGGCCAGGUGGUCAAGCCCCAGGCCUUUGAGAAGCAUUGUGAGAGGAGACACGGCCCCCUGAGCAAACUGUACGCCCCCCUCCGCUCCCCCCCUCCAGCACCCCAGCAGCGCCCCCGCCAUAGCCACUCCCCAUCCUCCGCCCACGCAACCUCAUCCUGGGAAGGGAGGAGGCAAGGGACUGGGGCACCAAGAGCAGCCCCCCCAUCCACACCCCCACAGUUCAGACACACCAAACCCCCCAAGGAAGGAGUACGCCACUCCCACCUGGAUAAGAGCCCCCUCAGCGGCCAUUCUGAAUCAGCUGUGUUCAAGCAGCCUCCACCCCUGGAGCCUCCCCUGAGCUCCCCACCUCCCUCCCUCAGAGACCCACCCUGGCCCCAUGGAGGCACCCCGCCCGGCCGGCCCUCCACCACCCCGCCCAGCCAGCCCUCCACCACCCCCCCGCCCGGCUGGCCCUCCACCGGCCGGCCCUCCACCACCCCCCCGCCCGGCCGGCCCUCCACCACCCCCCCGCCCGGCCGGCCCUCCACCAGUGAGAGGACACACACCCAGAGGAAGGAGGCCAUAACGGUCCCUACCCUCCCUGGCCAUCUCCGUGGACCAAGACCUUACAACAAAGUGGCCUCCAGGAGAGAGUGUGAUCUAGACAAGCACUGCGGAGUACUGGACUCCGAGAGGAAGAAAGUCUGCACUCGUCUCCUAACUUGCAAUAUUCACUCUAUUCACCAGCGGAGGAAGGUUUCUGGUCGGAGUAAAAACUUUGACCAGCUGGUGACCGAGCUGAAGACGGGUGUCCGGAUCCGUGAGCGGGGGGCUCAGACCCAGGAGGGGAGUGGCUCAGGCCGGUCCCCCAGCCCAGAGGCCCACGGGGACCCCCUAGCACACCCCCACUGCAGGAGGCCCCUCACCAACAACCCUGCCUUCAGUCGGUCCAGGGCUUCUUCGGAGAGUGCUCCAGAGGAGGAAAAACCUCAUCAGGAGGAGGGUAGCACCCAAGCCCCAUCACCCCUCACCCAUGGGCGCAUUUCCAGCGAUGAGAGCGAGGGAGAGGGGCCUGAGGAACAAAUCGAAUACCCCUCGUCCUCUUGGCACCCUAAACCAGCCGCGGGGUGUUCGUUUGGCAGUUAUAUGAUGGGUCAUGGUGUGUACACCUUUGACCGGCGGCUCCACCACCUUCGGUCAGCGCUCAAUGCCAUGGUGGAGCAGCACAUCAGCGCACACCUCUGGAAAAAAAUACCUCAAGCAUCAGACCAGUCCCAAAGUCCCUCUGCGAAGAGCAUCUCUUCCUCUCCCUCCUCAUCCUUCUCUUCCUCUCUACAUUCUAAAGUCAGGACAGGAAGCCACAGAACCACCCCGUCCCUCAGGCCUUCCUCCUCUUCCUCCCACGGACCAGGGAGGGAGACACGCCUACAAAUCGCCUCCCACUCCACAGCCAUUAACCAAUCAGAGAAUUCCAGUGGCAGUGGCAGCCAUAUUGUAGCCCCUGCACCCCCUCCUGUCCGCCAGGCAGGUCCAGGGCGGCCGCCAGGUCCCGGGAGGCCCAAGAACCCGGUGGGGCGACCCAGCAAGCAGCAACUGAGAUUCAGAGAGGAGGAGGCGGCAGCAGCAGCACUCCGUAAACGUGAAGCCCCAUCACUGGAGGAUGAGCACUCCGGCCCAGACAGGAACUCUAUCAUCCUACAGGACCGGGGACGGCCCCCAACCAGUUCCUCUAAGACCGCCCCGCCCACCCCUCACAGCCAGACCAAUGGCACCCUCUCCCCCAGCAGCAAACCCCGCCCCCAGCCAUCCCCCUCGGAGCCCCAUUCACCAGCAUCUGCCUGGUUGUUUAAACGGACACACCCACCCUCUGGACACACUUCCUCCCCACCCGAUCCUCACUUCCGCAGGGGGGACUCAGGACUGCACGGGAGGGGGGCGACGGGGUACGAGCACAGGGGUCUGGGGAAGAAACGCAAGGGGGGCAGCAGUGAACCCUCUCCCCCCUCCAAACCGCACCGCCUGCCCUCCUCCCCUCACUCCAAUUUCUACCCCUGGAAGGACAGUAAGGGGGGAACACUGCCUGGUGGGGUGGAGAAGAAAAUGGGCACACAGAAGCCAAAACUGCACCAUUAAGAGUGCCUGCCUUACAAGCUACUGAGGGAGUCAGCCCUGCCUGUGCUGUCAGACAUCAUGCCUCAGACUGUGGCUACAGGACUCAAGAGAUGUGUGUGAGUGUGACUUGAUAUUCAAGCCAAUGUUUGUGUGUGUGCAGGUGUAUGUCUUUUGACUCCUAUAUGAGUGUACAGGUAGGUGUGUGUGUGUGUGUGUGUGUGUGAGAGAGAAUGAGCGAGAGUGCUUACGACCAAUAAAGUAUGAGUUAUGUGUUCAGUUCCUGAGUCGGAUGUGAGUGUGUGUGAGUUUGCUGCUGUUGGUGAGUGUGUGCAGGACAAAGGGGACAUGUGAAUUUCUGUGUAUGAAUUUAGAAAUACCUCAAGACCUUCUGGUUAUGCUGCUAAAUAAAUACGUUGGUUUAUAAAAAUGGAUUAAAAAUAUC